GGAUGGGUUUUGGUUUCGAGUCAUGGUCAGGUCAGUUCUUACUGUACAAAGUUAGGCGAUCCCAGUUAAAAUUUGGGCUUUUGGGUUUCUUCACGAUCUUUCAGAAAGUCUCUUCUUCUGUGUCAAUAUCGUUCUUUGGCUGUUCUUGAUGAUAUGGUGGGAGCUUCGUUUUUCUAUUUUCGUGUAAUCUCUUUCACUCCCCAAACGAUUGCUUUUGCCCGUGAGAUUUCUUCUUUUGGGGAACUUCUUCCUGAUGAAAGCUUACUCCUUUCAAUCACUUAAACAUCUCGAGGCUUCGCUCUUGUUUGAUUCUUGUCCGGCAAAGUUUCAAUUUUGAGCUCUUUGCCUUGUUCAUCUGCCAUGAAAUAAUGCUCCCUCAUGCACAGCUGACGGUGGAUGCAGAUUAUUGUAGCUGUGGGGUUCUCUCUGAUUGAUCUUGUGUUUCUGGGGAUGUUGUUGCUUGUUUAAGAUGGUCUGCUUUUGUGGUGGGGUUUUGUAGUAAAAGGGAGGAGAGAGAGAGAGACAGAGAGAGAGAGAAAGAGAGAGAGAGAGAGGUAAAUACAAGAGAAGAUAGAAGAAGGGAGGUCGAUUGUUAUGCUGAAGGCAAAGUUAAAGAUAAGGCCCAAGGAUAGUAGUAAUAGUAGACGUAGUUGCAGCAGAAGAAGAGGAAGAAGAAGAGCAGAUUCUUGUGACUGUUGGGGGAGAAACAGCACUAGAGGAAGGAGAAGCUUUUCAUCAGAUGUUAUCCAUUGAAAAUCCUCCACCAGAUCCUCCAUGUCCUUGCCAAGUCCCACUCCUCAAUAACCCCUCUUUUGAUGAGAGGGCUUCUACUUCGCACACACUUGCCUUCUCAGAGGUAGAUCUGCAGUCCAAGAACCCACCACCUCCCAAUUUCUCUAUAAGAGAGUAUGUUUUCAAAGCCAGGAGCAAAAAUAUUCAGACCAACUGGCCUUUCUCCCUCAAGAACUUACAGCUUUGCUUGAAGCAUGGUGUGAAGGAUCUAUUGCCGCCCUUUCAGCAUCCUGAUACCGUGAGAACUCAGUUGUCAAAGAGAUGCAAGGUUGAAGCCAGAUCGCUCAAUAAGAGAAGUAUAAGCAAUUGGGAAAGGAGGGAACAACCUAGUCCCAGACCUAACAGUGAUCUCCCUUCGUUCGACUCGGAUGUCAAUUCUAAUUCGAAUCACGAUACCGUACCAUCCUGCAAAGACAUUAGCUCGUUGAAAUCUGGAGGCGAGGAUGAUUAUCCGUUAAUUACGACAAGCGCUGUUUCUGGGUCACAGAUUGAGCCCGUGUCCACAAGUAGGCAACCUAGCUCGGUUGUAGAAACUGACGCUUUGGUGGAAAGCUCGGUCCGAAAGGAUAAGGAAGCUACUUCUGGCAAAGCUGUGAGCACAAGCCAGCCGUCUGGCAAGAAGUGCCGUUUGAUAGUAAAAUUCGGUGGAAAGUCUGAGCGUAGCUCAACCGAAGAUAUUUCCUCAAAUUGUACUAGCAUAUCAGAAGCGAUGGCUUCCAAAGUUUGCCCUGUCUGCAAGACUUUCUCAUCCUCUUCCAACACCACCUUAAAUGCCCACAUUGAUCAAUGCCUCUCGAUUGAGUCUACACCUAAACAGGCAGCUGAUAAGUUGAUCCGGCCAAGAAUUAAGCCAAGAAAGAUUAAGUUGAUGGUGGAUAUAUACACAAAAGCGCCGAAAUGCACUAUAGAGGAGCUUGACAGAAGGAAUGGUUCAAAUUGGGCCGGGGUUUCAUGCUUGCCUAGAGAUGCCGAGCCAUCUGCUGAAGGGAAAAAGAAAACCUCAUCAGUGGUUAAUGGUGAUGGUGCUAAUGAUGCCGGAGCAGUGUAUAUAGAUGCCAAUGGCACUAAACUAAGGAUCUUGUCCAAGUUCAAUGACGUUCCGUUAGUCUCGCAAGUUCGGGAGGAUUUAGGACUGAAGAGAUCUUUGAGAGGAAGCAAAGGAAGAAAGGCGUUCUCAAAGAAGAGGAGGCUCCAUGGGUCAAAACAUCACAAGUACCUAAAAGUUUCUUCCAAGGGCAAGAAGAUUCAUCAUCGCAAGGCACAUGAAUUGCAGGUCAUUGGUAAUCAUAAGAAGCAUAAUAAACUGCAAGAAGGUAGUGUGGGAUCUCAAAGACAGACUUCAAGAUCCCAAGGGCUAAUGAAACCUGGUGAUUCUGGAUCUCUCAGAACAUGGGCAUCCUCGAAGAGAACGGGUCUAGCGAAGAAGGCAGCAACUAGAGAUUUUCCACCUCUGAGAUGUCAACUGCAUCUGGCUCAGAAUAUACUGGUUGAAAGUGGUCAAUCAAGCCCCGGAAAUAAUCUUACAAUGGACAGUGGACUUCAGAAGUCGUCAUGUCUAUCUGACCAGCAAAUGAGUGAGGAGAAGGAAAUGCCAUUGGAUGGGUCUCAAAUGAUUGACAAGAUGGAGCAGUCUCCAGGAAGAAAAAGAUUGGGAAGCAUGUUAGGUGGCAGGACUGGUGACAUUACAGAGGGGUCUCCUUCCCCAGCAAAGCGAAAGUUUCGCAAGGACAACUCCCUUGGUGACAGUAGUACCUUAAUGAAUCUUCAAGACAAUUCUGAACAUUGCUCGUUGCCGCUUGUUAGAAACAAGACACUUGAAAUACAUGCAAGCCCAGAUAGUGAUUAUGGCAUUUCUCGCAACAUGAAUGCGAGGUUGUCGAGGAACUCUCGUGCGUUCUCAAGAAAAGCUUUGAGGUUCUCCACAUUGAGAAAAAGGGUGCUUUCUCUCUGCCAAUCGCCUGAGAUCAAUUCCAAGUCCAAUAGGACUGAAAAGUGCUCAAACUUUGAGAAGUCAAGUAUGCUAUUGGCUACAGAAAUGGGCGAGAAGGUGGUGGCCUUGCAACCUAAAUUGCAACAUCGUUAUGAAGUAGGGCAGGAUCCUGCUGAACAUCAAUCUGCCGGGGAAGAAUCUUUUGAUGAUAUGUCUUUUAGUGAACGUGUGAUUGGACAAGAAAGAGGAGGGAGAAGUCCUUUACCCAGGGAGAAAGCAAAUGCUUUCAGGAGUACGCCAUCAGCAAGUCAUUGCUUCGAUGAUAUUGAGGGAGAGAACAUACAGCCUUCUUUUGCAGUGUGUGCUGGUUUACCAGAGAGAAUUGAUGGUGUAAAAUCUAAUCCAAAUGAAGUCAACGAUGAUGUGAAUAGUGCUGACAUGCCAUCCGGGUUGGCCAUGGAGGAUGCAAGUUGGGGCUUGAGCAGAUACUUCAGUUCUGAGUAUGAUAACCAUAUGAAUAGUCGCUUUAAGACUCACUCUCAGCGACUCCUAGGAACAUCUAAGGUUUCUCUUUUUACAGAUGGAGGAGAAUUUUCUACCGCAGAGGAUGACGGUAAUGGUGCAAAUGAGCAAAAUGGGAACGAUAGAGCUGAUGAGGAUUCGGAGGAUGGGCAAGCAAGCUCCUUCCCUGAGAUUGAUCCAAUUCCCAUUCCAGGACCGCCAGGUUCGUUUCUUCCUAGUCCAGGAGCUAUGGGCUCGGAAGACUUUCAAGGGAACUCAUCGUUAACUACCAGCCAGGUUCAUUCUUCUCAAGAUCAGCAGGAUUUAGUUGAUGGGGAUUCAUCAGAUUCUCCCGUUUCUGCAACAUCCACCAUUUCAAACUCUGUAGAAAAUAGGGUAGAUGUGGACUGUUCAGAACGGGUAGCACCACAUGAGCAUCAAAAUAAUUCUUGGUCGGGUUUCUUGGGCACUUGUAAUGAGCCUUCGGUCAAAGAUGUACCUGCUACUGCACAGGCUUCUACUGAGGUUGUGGAAAGUAAUGCUGAAAAUGCGGAGAAACUUAGAGUCGGAAACAGAUCCAUUAAAAAGGGCCCUCCUUUUUCGACAACUGAUGAUCAACCAUGUUGUUGCCAAAGGAAGGAAAGGCUGUCUCAGAAUAUCGCUUUGAGUUAUAGAGAAUCACCUCAUGUGAGUAGGAGAAUGAUGGCUCCAUUGGCAGUUCCAGGGAUGGGAAAGCAGUUAGGUCGGAUUCCUUAUGCUGGACCGGCUCAGAUGGAUGGGAGGCCUGAAACGUUCAAUCCCACUGGUUGCAUGAGCGCCAUGUCUGAGAGGUCAGCAUCCCCUACCGUUUACUCCUCCAGAGAUCCAGUUACUUAUCCUGACGAUCGAUUGAAUGGGCCUGGUCGUGGUGACUCUGACCUUGCUAGCCCAUCUGCCUCCAAUCCGAUUCUGAGGCUGAUGGGAAAGGACCUGGUUGUGGUCAGCAAAGAGGAAGAUGCUUCGGUUCCUCUGGGGCAGUUUGAGUCGCCGACUAGUGCCCAGAAGAACAAUCCAAGUCCGCAGUUCCCGCUAUAUUCCGGUGUUCUCAGUGCCGGAGGUCAAAGUCAAAAGUAUGGUUUGAUGGAUCAUCUGGUUAUUCAAGGUUCUAAGAUCACGCGUGAGGACCUGAAUGGUACGGGUGAACCGCAUUUUGGCGCUGGGGCACCGGGCAGUUCUAUAAGCUUUUUGAACUCAAAGACAGCAAAAGUUCCACCUAGUGCGUUUGUAACUCAGCAGAGGCUAGUUAAUGGUUUCACGGAUGCACGGGAUUACAAUGGUGGAUACAGCUCAUCGACUCAACUGUGCCAACCGGUGGAUGUACCAAACGCCUUUACCAUGCACAAUCAAGUCAGAAUUGUGAGUUUUCCCGAAACGCAACCCAAGAGAGCUGGUUCUCCGGCCAAUCUACCCAAAGAGAUAAUAGUAAUCGACGAUGCUCCUGAAAACAAUGAGGCUGAUCUCUCAAAAAACCCUGAAAUCUUUAGGGAUCAUAUGCCAUUGUCGAGAACCAUCGACUGUGAUCCAAGGCAAGCAAGUCCCUUCUUUCCCCACCAGUCACAGGAUCCUUUGUACUACGGCGGCUAUCCUGCGGACUUCUCUGCUCGAUCCAACGCACACCCGGUUGCCUCAAGUCAUAACGCGGAAGGUUCGAUGCUGCAGCAAGCUCCUUUUACAGCUGCUUCAUCCUCGAGAGGACAUCUAAGACCUAGCAUUCUUUAUUAUCCUCCGAGCUUGUCAUAGCAAUCAAGGUCGAGGCUGUGCUUUUUUGCACGGGAACUGGAAACUCGAGGGGGAUUUCUCUACCUGCUUGCCAAACAGAAAAUAAACGGGGUUUCGGUGGAAGACACAACACAAGCUGCAAGAGUCUGAGCUGCUGAGAUGUCAAUAGGUUUUGUGCUUGAACUUUUCUCACAGUGGAUACCAUGUCAGAUUUUAAGCAAAAUUUUGAGACUAUUUCUCUUUUAGGCUAAAAAAAAAAACUCAGAGAGCUUUAAAUGAGACUUGGACAAUGUAUAAGCAAUCCUUGAAUAAUAGUUGGGAACGAACCUUAACUUA